AAAAAAAAAAAAAUAAAAAAACCUUAGAACAAAAAUGACCAGUUCUUUAAGAUAAAAAUAAAUAAAACUCCGUUCUAGGGGCUCCUUCAAUAACGCUCCAAACCGGGGAGAGAGAGAGAGAGAGAGAGAGAGAGAGAGAGAGAGAGAGAGAGAGAGGAAGGAGCUUCCAGGAAUUUUCCCGAAUUUGCUCUCUAUAGAAUCUGCAAUUUUAAAUUUAUAAAUCUAAAAAAUCUUUGUUUUUUUCAAUUCAAGAUCUGAUAAAACUCAAUCUGGGCUUUUUGGCAAAUUGAUUCCUUGGUUUGGGGUUUCGUGUUAAUUAAGGAAUCUGUUCUGGGGUUGUUCUUUUUGGUUGUCAAGUGAUGUCUCUAUUGCCAAAGAGCGAUUCAAUCCAAAUCCGUGAGGUAUGGAACGAUAACCUUGAGGAAGAAUUCGCUUUGAUUCGUGGAAUAGUCGAUGAUUACCCCUACAUUGCCAUGGAUACCGAGUUUCCAGGCAUUGUAUUGCGUCCCGUGGGCAAUUUCAAGAGCAGCUAUGACUAUCACUACCAAACUUUGAAAGACAAUGUUGAUAUGUUAAAGUUGAUUCAAUUGGGUCUUACGUUUUCGGACGAGAAAGGAAAUUUUCCUACUUGCGGAACUGAUAAAUAUUGCAUUUGGCAGUUCAAUCUCCGCGAGUUUAAUGUUGACGAGGAUGUGUUUGCUAAUGAUUCUGUAGAGCUCUUGAGGCAAAGUGGGAUUGAUUUCAAGAAAAACAAUGAGAAGGGUAUUGAUGCAAUGAAGUUUGGUGAGCUUUUGAUGUCUUCGGGGAUUGUUUUGAAUGAUAGUGUGCAUUGGGUUACUUUCCAUAGUGGUUAUGAUUUCGGUUACUUGCUUAAGCUCUUGACUUGCCAGAAUUUGCCAGAUACGCAACUUGGGUUUUUUAGUUUGAUCAAUAUUUACUUUCCCACUAUCUAUGAUAUCAAGCAUUUGAUAAAGUUUUGCAACAGUCUGCACGGUGGAUUGAACAAGCUUGCGGAGUUGUUGGAAGUGGAAAGAGUUGGGAUUUGUCAUCAAGCGGGUUCGGAUAGUUUGCUCACAUCUUGUACAUUCAGGAAACUGAAAGAGAAUUUCUUUAGUGGCUCUUUGGAAAAAUAUUCGGGUGUGUUAUAUGGUUUAGGUGUUGAAAAUGGACAGAGUAUUAAUUGAUAAUGAAAUGUGUUGACAAGUGCGCCUCAUGCCCACACUUUAAUGCACAAUUUUGGCAACAAUUUUUGCAAUUUAUGAAUAUUUUCUUAUGCUUUUUGUUCUCUUUCUUCUCACUUUUACUGCAUCAUAGCUUUUUAUGGUUUAUCUGUUAGUGGUGCAUUUAUGUUCACAUAUUAUGUGCUAGCAAACUAAGGAAAAUGAUGGAAUAUAAUCUUGAUAGCAAUAUUUCUAGCUAUGAAUGUCAUCAUCUAUGAGCAGCUUCUGAAAUAUUACUCCACGAACCUAAAAACAAUGCGUUACAUGUCCAUUUGUAGCAGUGUUAGAAUGUUUCCAUCCUCGUCUUAAGAGCCCUGCUUUCUGGAACUAGAUUACAUCCUAUGUUGUUUUGCUUGAGACGCCCUACUCACUUCCUCUCUCUCCCCACUUUCCCUUAUUUAUCUAUUCUAUUGUUGUGAAUGAUGACUGACAAUGCUAACUGUUCUUUUGUACAAGCUGGAAUCAUGGGACAUUAUUUAUGGCGGAACAACAUCUCCCGUUCUUCAUUCCACUUACUAUUAGUGUAAUAUUUCCCUCAUUUCAACUUUCUUCGCUACUAGCUUGUUGAAGCUUAUUGCCUAAAUUUAUCAUAUAUCCAGCCGACUGCCUCAUUUUCCAUUGAUUUUUCAGGUAAUUUUUUUGUGUUUUAAUCUCUCUAUACAGCUUCUCUCCAUAAACAAUUGACUGACAAUGAUUGCAAACCAUUUAAGCUAUUUUAUGAUACAUUUUGAUACAAUCACUACUAUUAAAUCAUAAGCCACAAUAUAGUUAAGAUUCAUUUGGAAGGCUCAUGUCAUCUCUUUGAUUAUGUUUCUUGAUAUUUUAAUUACUUUUCAGGUAAUUCAGCGCAGUCAUCCCAAGUAGGUUAGUGUUUAUACAUAACCUGAGGAAGAACAAACUAUAAGGAGACAAUUAGCACAUGUUUGGUGAUCAAGAAAUAAAAUAUAUAGCAGACCAACUACAUAUAAAGACCCGUUGAACCCAUUUUCUUUUCUCCUGCAAUUUUGAAAUAAUCUAGGAAAUAUUUUAAUCAGAUGCUUCAAAAACAUCUUAGUGAAACAUUUACUGAUAUGAUUUUCAUCCCCAGUGCGAGAAACGAAUAGUUUUGAGGGGCUCAGUUUGAGAAAUCAUUGUUUAUAGAGACUACUGUUGUUUAUCUUGGAAUGGCCGUCGGCCUUCCUGCAAUUAGGUACUAUGGAGCUUUGGUUUUAGAUGAUCAUCAGAAAUUAUAACUUUGAAUCUGCACGAUCAUCAUGAUCUUUUAGAAGAGUGCAUUUAUUUUCAAUUUUAAACACAAAUAUGAUGAGGGAUAGGGAAUUCCAGGAGGAUGUUAACGCUCCCAAUGCUAAGCACCUGAUGAAUACCAUAAGGAUGAUCCCUUCUUUUGUGUUGUGGAACAGACCAUUUACAGGCGCUUCGAUGAACAUGGUAAGAACAAUGGGACCAGCCAUACCAGCAAAUAACUACAAGAUAUAUGGGUCGACUUCACUGCUCCCAUUCUGGGGGCACCAUGUGGUGCAGGAACCUAUACUGCAAUCAAGCUGCCUGAGGAAGAUGGUGAAAAGCUGUCAACUGUGAGGAGCUUCAGGAGGUAAUUAGCAUCCAUCACAACCUAUAUUAUCAGAACUUCAUGAGAAGGCAUUGCAGAUAACCAGGGUAACAAUUUCAUGAUUGUGACACAUUAGCACUUAGAUAUAAAUAAGUGAAAUGUGUGUAUCAAUCAUAUAUAUGUAUAACAGCAUAGUCAAGCUAUAGAUGUUCCUGAAAAAAUGGAAAAAGGUAAGAGAAACUAUGAGUUGACUUUCAAUUGCUAGUGUAUAUUGGAGUUUGGUUGCGUAAAAAAGAUGGGAAACGGCUAAAAUUAGGAGGAAGAAACAGGAUGUGUUUUAAGGCUGCCAAACAUUGUUCUCUCGGGGCAAAUGACCAGGAAAAAAGGUUAUUGUAUAGGCUUCAUCUCUCCCUCCAUUGUGUUUUUCCCCCUAUUUUCUCCCCUCUUUAAAGGUCAUGUAAAAACCAGAAAUUUGAGAAAUGUAGAUUGCAUCUCUCACGGUCUUUUUCCUUUUCUUUUUCUUGUGAUACUUCUUGGUUUCGGUAGUGACUUUGCUGCCCUUUGGUUAAGGCUUUGGCUACAGCUUGAAUUGAUUGUGUGCAAAUAAAAAUGGGUUUCCUUGUAUAUGUUCAACAGGAACAGCCUGCUAGUUGCAACUUGCAAUGUAUAGAACUCAUGUAACAUGGGGCCAAGCAUUGCAAAGCUGAUGAGAUGAAAUUCCUUGAAUGCUUCUAAUUGGAACUAGUUCGAAUAAGCACCAGAAGAUUUGA